UCAACUGCUUUCUUACUUCCUUGUUCAACACUAUAUAACACGGCCAACCUACCCAUUCUCUUGCGUCACAAGGAUGGAUGCAAAAUUAUAUGUAGUUUUGCUAUUAUGUGUUUCUGUUCCUUAUUCUUUGCAAUGGACCGGACACGUGUGUCCAUACCAGACGGUGUCCUACGUGAGCACAACAAUCUGCACGUAUCAUUGUUGGUGGCAUUGCUGUGAUCAUGAAGUUAUCCAAACACCAGUUACAACCACGGCUUAUAAGUGUUGUCCUGGUUGGAGACACAACCGCGAUAACAAUUGUAAUAUUGCUCAAUGCUACCCCGGGUGUGCUAAUGGCGGUACCUGCACCUCCCCCGGCAAUUGUACCUGUAGGGCGGGAUAUACUGGCGACACAUGUACUGGAGAGGACUGUAACCACGAACGUCCAUGUUUUCCUGGGCAAUGCACAGGUAACGGCGCCUCCGUUGUAUGCAACUGCAUGGACGACUUCACUGGAUUAUUUUGCAAGGAGUUGAAAGCUGUACAGGCACCUAAGGUGACACAGCUUCAGGCCAGCUUUUCCUACCACAAGGGACAGGAGGAAAUCUAUGGCGUCAUAGCGGACAGUUCAGGGAAGCCAGAACACGCCACCAUCUGGACAAACCUAGACAGGCUGAAUAACCUUACUGUGACUGCAAGUGCGAUGUCCGAAUGUAGAGAUCUUCCAGCACCCCCUUCUUACAUCAGGGGAUCACGUCUUGGAAUUUCCAGAGCCUAUGUUACAUUAAGUGGACCCUUGGUAACAUCCGCCCCCUCCGACCACACGUGUGAUAAUACAGUCGGUUCCCAGGACCCUAAAGAUAUAAUUACAUGCUCCGUCAAAACACAGUACACUAACCGUUUACAUGAUGGUGACAAGUUGACGAUUACAUUCCGGGUGUCAAGUGGUGGCUUCCGGAAAUUGUACGACACCGGAAGUGGACGCGUGACAGCUACUGAGAAUUACAUAGGGAAAGAUACAGUCAGUUCUGUGGCCUUUAACAUUGACUUGGUGGAGCCUAUAAACAACGACCCCGACACUGCGUUUCGUAUUACUCCCGAAUUUACAAAGGAUCACAUCACUUUGAAUUGGCGAGGCUGGACUGAUGCUAAUUCUGGAAUGAACAAAUACAAAUGGGAAGUCUUCAAACUCCAACCUAGUACUGGAGGAGCGCUGUCGGAGCUGACAGGACCUGUAAACCAUGGAGAAGUGAAACACACCUCUCCUAUAUCCUUCCCUGUGCCCUUUCUUCCAGAAAAACCAGGGAUGUAUUCCUUCAUCCUUGAAGCUGUUGACAAGGCCAAUAACUCUGUAUACAUGAGACGGUUUGCCCUGUGUGACAAAGAGUCAUCUGUUACUACUGACCCAAAGUACGCCAUGUACAUAUCAACUGCUGUACAAGACCAGGGCUUCCAGUGGAUGACUAAUGCCUCCAAACCACUUGUCAUCAUCUGGCAAAACCAUUUUCGCAACUAUGUUCACGAAAAUGGUAAAUAUCUCAACAGAAUCCUGCCCCUCAAAAAACAGAUUGUGCAAGACCCGCCAAUCUACAAGCAAGUGAUCCAAGGGAAUGAUGAUAAGUAUGGUAGAAGACGCACAGCGGCCAUCCCCAAUUUGAGAGGUGUCGUGAGGUUUGAGUGGACCCAUGCUGUCAACAAGACAGGAGGUAUAACACAACAGACGCCUCCCAACUGGGAUGAUAUAUCCGGUUUGAACACUACUUUACACUUACCUCAAGAAAACGUUACCAGCGGGAGCACUGUUACGAUUUGGGUGAGAGCCAGGGACAUUCUGGACAACAAGAAAGUGGACUCGACAAGUGUCACCUAUGACUUCACGGAGCCACAGUUCAGUAAGAUGACAUUCCUUCGAAACGAGAUAUCAAACAUCCCCUUCAGUUCAGGAUUAGAGUUGACGGUACAGGACCUUGAGAGCGGCAUUGAACACGCCGAGGUCAAGGUCACGCAGAUGGAUGACGGUCACGUAAUGACGAACAAGACCUUGACCGUGCCAUCAGUUUCUAUGUAUGCAUGUUUAAACAAACCAUCUAGCUGCUACUGUCCAAAAGCCCUGAACGUGUGUUACAAACGGGUGUACAAACUGUACAUCAGCAACUGCUGGCUGAUGGUGGCCAAGGAGGAUCUCGAGUCAGCUCACGUUAAGCUGGAGGUGGUCGUAGUCAACAGGGCGGGGCUGAAGACACCCAUCCCCAGAGUGCACGUGGUGCAAGACCUCAUGGAUAUUAAUGGGACAUCAGCAUAUUUUGGACCAGUGAACGUGAAUGUUGAAAAGUUGACUGACACGACGGCCAAUGUGUCGUGGACACACGCCCCCAGCUGCCAUGACCGCACAUUUAUAUCUGUCACAUACCAGCUCGAUUCAGGCAAGCCAGAGACCAUCCAACUGUACAAAGACGCUACAUUCCAUCUCCUCAAGGGCCUUGAACCUGGCAAAAAGUACAAGGUCAUGGUCACAGCAGACUAUGGGGACAUCAAGAGUAAACCUAGAAAUGCCUCUUUUACAAUGGCUUUUUCAGGGGACACCUCAGGUCUAGGUGCUGGAGCCAAAGUGGGUAUCGUUGUGGUGGUGAUAAUAAUCCUAGCUGUCCUUGUCAUUGGCCUGUUUAUGUGGAGGACGGGCAAGAUGGUGGCGUUGAUCAAUCGACGUCAGAGCAGACACAAAGGACGUCAGAAUCCCAACACUGAGAACAUCUACAAUAACCUUCAGAGACCUCGGAAGGGCACAGUGUCCUAUCAUAACAAAACAUAUGAAGUUGACGACGACAUCUAUGUGUACGGCAGCAUGUCGUUCACGGCGGAGCAGCCUUGGUAUAUCCCCAAGGACAACCUGACGUUGAUGAAGGAGAUUAACACUGGCAGGUUCGCACGGAUUUACAGGGCGUCUCACAAGACUGGCAAAACAUCGAGCGAGAUGGCAGCCAAAGUGUUGAAAGAAACACCAGAUGAAGAAAACAGUUUGCUGAUGAUGGCCAAAAUCAACUUUGCUGCAACACAGGUCGGGGAACAUCGCAACGUUCUGGGAUUUCGGGGCGCUAUUCUCAACAACGAUGCUCUGGGACCUGUGAUGGUGUUAGAGUACUGCGAGAACGGACAAAUGGACAAAUGGCUGAGAGACCACAGAGACAAUGUCAACGUGGACACCUUGGAGCGGAUUCAGAACUUUGGAUUGGGUAUUGCCAGAGGAAUGGAAUACCUAGCCAAGAAAGGGAUUACCCACCGAAAGCUGGCUGCUCGGAAUUGCCUCUUGACCUUCACAAAUGAGGUAAAGGUCAGUGGAUUCGGACCUUGUCGCAUGGAGGACGCCACUGAGGAUGACAACUCUAAGGGGGAUCGAAUCCCUGUGAAGUGGACGGCUCCAGAGUGUCUUCAGUCUCUGAAGGGAGCCAACGAGAAGAGUGACAUCUGGUCCUUUGGCAUCACUAUGUGGGAGAUCUUCAGUAUGGGCAAGGCGCCCUACUCAGACAUCCGUAGCAGAGAUCUCGCUGUCAAAAUCAGGAAUGGUUUCCGGCUCCAGAGACCGGAAUUCGCCGAGGAUAUCCAUCACAACCUGAUGAAAACUUGUUGGGAGCAGAGUCCCGAUAAGAGGCCUACUUUUGCGGAUGUUUUGGGAAAGCUCGAGGCGUCGUUUGGCCUAAGACCCACUUCCGGGGAUGUGUAUUACUACGCCCGGUAGCCAGUUGACGAGAAGGCGCAGAUUUACCUCCCUUUUAUUGCUUCAACAUUUAUCAUUUUGUGUUUGAGUUUUAAAUCUGCAGCGUUGUAAUUUAACAAAUUGAUGUAAUUCUUUGCUUGACACAAGAGUGUAUUUUAGUGCUCCUGCUUAUAUGUACGAUCCCAUUUGUAUUGCUGUACUGUUUACGAACAUCUCCCAAGACACUGAACAUUGAAUCUUUGACUUGAUUCCAUUCCAUCGAAUUACUCUUUUACGUACGAUUCGCUUUGCUAGUAUAUCAAAUUGAAUUUGUCGAAUUGAAAUGAUCGAGGUUCUUAAAAAAUGUUUUAACCAAUUAACCCUUGUCGAUUAUUUUUUCGAGAUUUUAUUGUACUUCGUGAUACAUGUUGUUUUUUUUGCCUGCUGGAAAAAAUGUAGUUGCUUAUAUAUUGUACCCCCCAAAAUACUUUCUUCACUAGACAUACUGGUUGAUCUGGGUAAAAAGGGCAUAUAUGUGUUGUUCAAAGCAGUUAAGUGGUUCUAUUCCUCCUUGCCUAGAAAUACGUUUCUGUGCAUUAAGAAAUAGAUAAGCAAGGACUGCCUUUUGCCAUAAAGUGUCUAUAUACCUCCUAAACAGAAACAGUAGAACAUAUGCAAAACUUGCAAAUCCUCUAUGAGCUCCUCUAUGAUUUAAAAGACGAUUGACUUUUUCUGUGCGCCGGAGAGUUUUUUCUUGUCUUGUAGCAAGGGGUGGUCAUACACGCUAUUAAUAUGAUGUGUCCUUGAACUUGGGCGACUUUAUGCUCUUUUUCGAUUACGUCGAAAGCUUGUGUUUGCUACCCCACCUCAGGUCGGGCAACUGUCAUGCCAAUAUCGGUUGCUGUAUGAUUGUCGUUUUAAUUGUUGAAUUUGACUGAUUUAUAAUUGUAGUAAAGUUUCUCUUAGAUGUCAGUCAAGGUAAUCUUAAUUAUUAUUAAUUUUAGUUAUUAAUAAAAUCAUAUACAUGCAGAAAGUGUUACCUUCGUAUAAGAAUAUAUAUGUAUGUCUAGUUCACAAAGCCGUAGGAUGUUUGCUAUGUUUCAUACACAAAUAUUGUGUUAAUAAAUCAAUUGACAGUUACGGAUUUAUUAACUUGAUUGGGUCUAUGGCUUCAUGACCGUGUUGCAGUUCCCCCAUACCACUGCUGUUUGGCAACUUGAUGUCACCAUACAAUUUGCAGGUUUCAUGUUUGUUCAUGUUCCGUGUUUAUAUUAUAAAGGAAUCUUCAGGCUGUU